AUGGACGCUCCAAACGAGGAACAGCGUGGUGUGGUCCGUUCGCGAUAUUGUGAAACACUGGAUAGGUUGUGUCUCGCAAUCAAGAACAAACGACCUGGAAAAUUGACGAAUGGCGUGAUCUUGCUACACGACAAUGCCCGCUCCCACGUUGCUGAUGUGGUUAAGUCAAUACUGGAGAAGUUCAAGUGGGAAACGCUUCAACAUCCUCCAUACAGCCCGGAUUUGUCGCCUUGCGACUUUCACAUUUUCGGAAAACUGAAAAACCAUCUCAAGGAUUCGGAACUCGAGGAUUUGGAAACGCCGCCGCGAUAUCGUCCUGAUAGCUUGGAGGCGCUUUGUAGAAGUACCAGAUUCUCUGAAGCUGAAAUUAAACGCAUCUAUAGGGGAUUUAAAGCCGAAUGCCCUACCGGUGUCGUGAAAGAAGAUACAUUCAAAAUGAUCUACUCGCAAUUUUUUCCACAAGGUGCUAACACAAAUCAGUAUGCUCAUUAUGUAUUCAACACAUUGGACCAAGACCAUAGUGGUUUAAUCAGUUUUGAGAAUUUUGUACAAAGUCUUUCCGUUUUAUCAAGAGGAUCUUUGGACGAGAAAAUCAGAUGGGCCUUCAACUUAUAUGAUAUCAAUAGGGAUGGUUGUAUUACUAGAGACGAAAUGACCGACAUCGUGACCGCCGUGUAUGAUCUUAUGGGCAAGGUUUCCGAACCCUGUAUAGAAGACGAUACCGUUAAAGAAAAAGUAGACAUGUUAUUUAGCAAAAUGGAUAAAAAUAGAGACGGGGUGGUAACACUGGACGAAUUUUUGGAAUGCUGUCAAAAGGACGAGGAUAUAUCUUCUUCAAUGAAUGUAUUCGAUUCAUCUAUCUGACGAUCGCCCGUCGGCGUUCGUCCACCAGCCUCUUGGAGUUGAACGGCCGCCGGCGCCAAAGACACUUUUUUCAUCGACCAAUGACUUCUUAUAUAAUAUACUUAUAUAAAGUAUCGAGUUCUCAAAAAAAAUGAAGUGAUAACUUUCUAAGAAUAUAUUUAUUAGAGGUGAAACUACGGUGUGGAACGAAUGCGAUUUCUUAAGGAUGCGGUUUGCAUAUCACCUCGUUUUUUGUUAAUAGGUACCACUAUUUUGGAAUUGUACAAAAAGGAAAUGUUAACGUAUCUACUAUUAAUAAACUUAAAAAAUUAAGUGGUAUUAAUACUCACUUCUAAAAUACCGCCCUGGGUAUGUUUAUUAUUGAUAGACUGUAGUCUAGAUCUAUUUGUUCUACACCGAUUGUUUUAUAUUUGUACCAAGAUUUUUAUAAAAAUUGUUGUUAAUCAAUUAGAUAAAUGUAUUUUAAAUAAUGUUAGUGAUAUUAAACUUAUGAACUAAAAGGGCAGCUGAGCAACAUUAUGGUAAACAAUUUUUGUUUGGACGUUUUCAAUUGCCUUUGAAUCUACCAUAGCUUUUGACUGCAGCAUUCUAAUCAUAGGUUUAAUUUAAUUAUAUUGUUACGAUAUACUUACACAUCUCGUUGUCUAAAUUGACAAUACGCUCAAAAGCUGCUUUAAAUAAGGUUACAAUAUUUCUGGGUACCCUGUUGUAAUUCGCCACCCAUUUUUGGCAUUAUUCUAAAUUAAUUCUCUUACGUUGGUAUUAACAUACAUUAAUUCGUGAAAUAAGAUCGCUUGUUAAAUUGUCCGUCCAAGAAUGAAAUCGACUUCUGCUAUAAACUUGCAAUUAAACUAAGGAGAUGGAAACCCGAUCGUUUUGUAUUACUGCAUCGUUACCAACUUAAAAAUUUUUUUAAAAAUCACAGUUGCAACUCCUUCCAAAAUAUAGGAGCAUAACAUUCUCCAUGAAAAUAGUGAGCGGCUAAAAUAUGGAACAAAUUCAUUUAAAAAUCAGGUGUUGGGUUUAAAAAAAUGCUCACACACGUCUGUCAUCUUUUUUUGCACUAUAGAGAAAAUAUACAGGGUGCGUAAAAAAGUAUCAUACCAAAGUUUAAAUGAAGCAGUAUUUUUAAAAUCCAUUUUCCAUUUUCUAAUU